AUGAACUCCACCGGCCCGAGCUACCCGCUGGCCUCGCUCUACGUGGGCGACCUGCACGCCGACGUGACGGAGGCCAUGCUCUACGAGAAGUUCCUGCCCGCCGGGCCCAUCUUGUCCAUCCGCGUGUGCCGCGACGUGGCCACCCGCCGCUCGCUGGGCUACGCCUACAUCAACUUCCAGCAGCCGGCCGACGCGGAGCGGGCGCUGGACACAAUGAAUUUUGAGGUGAUCAAGGGCCAGCCCAUCCGCAUCAUGUGGUCCCAGCGAGACCCAGGACUUCGAAAGUCAGGUGUGGGCAACAUCUUCAUCAAGAACCUGGAGGAUUCCAUCGACAACAAGGCCUUGUAUGAUACCUUCUCCACCUUUGGGAACAUCCUCUCUUGCAAGGUGGUGUGUGACGAGUCCGGCUCCCGGGGCUUCGGGUUUGUCCAUUUUGAGACCCACGAGGCUGCGAAGCAGGCCAUCAGCACCAUGAACGGCAUGCUGCUGAAUGACCGCAAAGUCUUCGUCGGCCACUUCAAGUCCCGACGGGAGCGGGAGGCGGAGCUGAAGACUCGGGCCCUGGAGUUCACCAACGUCUAUGUGAAGAACCUCCCGGGGGACGUGGAUGAGCAGGGCCUGCGGGACCUCUUCUCCCAGUUUGGGAAGAUGCUGAGCGUGAAGGUGAUGAGGGAUGACAGUGGCCAGUCCCGGGGCUUUGGCUUCAUCAACUUUGAAAAGCACGAGGAAGCCGAGCAGGCGGUGAAGAUGGUGCAUGGGAAGGAGGUGAGCGGGCAGGUGCUCUACGCGGGCCGGGCCCAGAAGCGCAUCGAGCGCCACAAUGAGCUGAAGCGCAGGUUUGAGCAGAUGAAGCAGGACCGGCUGAACCGCUACCAGGUGAUGACAGAGGGUAGCCACAGCAAGGGGUUUGGCUUUGUGUGUUUUUCCUCUCCAGAAGAGGCGACCAAGGCCGUGACCGAGAUGAACGGGCGCAUCGUCGGCACCAAGCCUCUGUACGUGGCGCUGGCCCAGCGCAAAGAGGAGCGGAGGGCCAUCCUGUCCAACCAGUACAUGCAGCGCCUCUCCACCAUCCGGGCCCUGGGCAGCCCCCUCCUGGGCUCUUUCCAGCAGCCCGCCAGCUACUUCCUGCCCUCCGUCCCCCAGCCUCCGGCCCGAUCUGCAUACUUUGGCUCUGGCACCAUGGCCCCCAUUCGGCCUCCACCCCGGUGGUCAGCCCAGCCACUGAGACCGUCUUGUGACCUUGAGGGAGCAGGCUCUGUGCCAAGAAUCCAGGUGGUCCUCAUGGCUCCCCCAGUACCACCCUGGGGUGGGGGGUCUCAGCCACCCCGGGAGCGGUGUGCACCAGCCCUCAAGAGGGGGUCCUCUACAGGUGAGCGGCUCUACCCGCUCAUCAGCCGUGUCCACCCCGAGCUGGCUGGCAAGAUCACGGGCAUGUUGCUAGAGAUCGACAACUCGGAGCUGCUGCUGAUGCUGGAGUCUCCGGAGUCCCUCAGUGCCAAAAUCCAAGAGGCCCUGACCGUGCUGCAGGCACACCAGGCCACGGAGCAGCAGAGGGGAUUCCUGCACUAAAGAAAGCCAGCAGAAAAUGGAGCCCGCACUCCCACAGCUGCCAAGAGCGCUCCUCGUGACGGGGAACCGUGGCUGUCCCCCCUGGGCUGUAUCUCCAUGGCUGUGUGUGGACUGAAGGCUGGCCGCCCAGCCCGC